AUGUCUCGAACUAAGGUCCUGCUCGUCGGAGCAGCUGGUGAAACUGGUGGUUCCAUUGCGAAUGGAUUGCUCGAACAGCCUAACUUCGAAGUCCAUGCUCUUGUUCGCCCUCGCUCGGCCCAGAAGCCUGCCAUCGUUGCCCUGCAAGAACGGGGUGUUCAGAUUCGCAAGGGUGAUCUCAAGGGUCCCGAGGAGUCGCUCGCCGACGUCCUCACCGGAAUCGAUGUCGUCAUCAGUUGUGUCGGCCCUUCAGAACAACAGGAUCAGAUCCCUCUCGCCAAAGCUGCGAAGAAUGCCGGUGUACAGCGAUUUGUUCCCUGCGGUUUCAUCACAGUAGCCCCGCCUGGCGGUAUCAUGUGGCUGAGAGACGAGAAAGAGACGGUCUACAACCACAUCAAGCAGCUCCGACUACCCUACACUAUCAUCGAUGUCGGCUGGUGGUACCAGUUCUCCUACCCCCGCCUUGAGUCUGGUCGCAUCGAUUAUGCCAUGACUUCAGCUAACAACGAGAUCGUCGCUGACGGAAACUCCCCCAUUGCUUUGACGGAUUUGCGGGAUAUCGGUCGCUAUGUUGCCAAGAUCAUUACCGAUGACCGGACAUUGAACAAAAUGGUGUUGGCGUACAACGAGGUCAAGACUCAGAACGAGAUCUACGAUCUUUUGGAGGAGAUUAGUGAGGAGAAGAUUCAAAGGAACUAUAUCCCCGAAGAGACCAUCUACACUCGAGUGCUCGCAGCCCGCCAAUCUAGCGAAACCUAUCCGUUCGAUCCCAUCAAGUUCAUUCCCAGAUAUCUCGCCGAGUAUCAACUAUCCUGGGGUCUACGGGGCGACAACACGCCGGAAUAUGCCAAAUACUUGGGUUAUGUGACUUCCAAGGAACUGUACCCCGACUUCACGCCUACCGACUUCAGGGAGUACCUGGAAACCGUCGUAAGGGGUGCCGCCAAGGGUGUGUAUACCGACCGCACCAUUUCCAAGGCUCAGCAACGCUUCUUCCCUCGAUCGGAAUCUAGCGACUCUCUCUACACUCGGAUCUUCCCUCGUACUGAAUCGAGCGAUUCUCUGUACAUGUCUCGAUGA